AUGGACGCCGCCGCCCUGAGGACUCGUAUCCAGGCUACUCUGUCCGCAAAUGCUGAUGCCCGCCGCCAGGCAGAGCUGGAUUUGCGAAAUGCCGAAGACACUCCCGGCUUCUGCGAGGCUCUGUUGAACAUCCUCGAGGCUGAACAGGAUACUGCAGUGCGCCUGUCUACCGUUGUUUACCUCAAGAACCGCAUCACCAAGGGCUGGGCUCCUGUCGAGAACGAGCAAUCACGAUUCAAGGCUGUCCCUGAAGGUGACAAGCAGGUCAUCCGCCAGCGUCUCGUCCCUAUCCUCGCCGCCUCGCCGCCGCAAAUCCGUGCCCAGCUCGUUGCUACCCUGCAAAAGAUUCUGCAUUACGACUUCCCCGAGCAGUGGCCUGAUUUCCUCAACAUUACCGUCAACCUCCUGAACCAGCAAGAUGCCGGAAGCGUCUUCGCUGGUCUGCAGUGCCUGUUGGCCAUUUGCCGUGUCUACCGUUUCAAGAUGGGCGAGACAAGAGAAGACUUUGACAAGAUUGUUGAGAUGACCUUCCCUCAAUUGCUCGCAAUCGCCAACAGCCUGGUCAACGAGACCAGUCUCGAGGCUGGAGAGAUGUUGCGCACUGUCCUCAAGGCUUACAAGCACGCUAUCUACUUCGAACUCCCCCGUCACUUGCGCGAGCAGCAGCAAAUCGUUGGCUGGUGCACCCUUUUCCUGAACAUUGUCGCAAAGGACCCUCCGGCUGAGUCGAUGGUUGAGGAUCUGGAUGAGCGCGAGCAGAACCACUGGUUCAAGUGCAAGAAGUGGUCAUAUGUCAACUUGAACAGGCUAUACGUCAGAUACGGAAACCCUACAAACCUGGCCAAGAACGAGGCCGAGUACGCCGAGUUCGCAAAGACCUUCAUCAAGGACUUUGCCCCUGAGAUCCUGAAGGGCUACUUGGGACAGAUCGAGAAGUGGGUCGGCAAGACUACAUGGUUGAGCAAGCCUUGCUUGAGCUUCACUCUGGUCUUCAUGGAGGAGUGUAUCAAGCCCAAGACUAUGUGGGACCACCUCAAGCCGCACAUGCAGAUCCUGAUCCAGCACUUGAUCUUCCCCGUCCUUUGCCAGUCUGACGAGGACAUUGAGCUUUUUGAGACCGAUCCUUCCGAGUACUUGCACCGCAAGCUCAACUUCUACGAAGAGGUUUCCGCCCCCGACGUUGCCGCUACAAACUUCCUUGUCACCAUGACCAAGGCCCGCAGAAAGCAGACAUUCUCCGUCCUCAACUACAUCAACGAUGUGGUCAACCGCUACGAGUCUGCUCCCGAGGAUCAGAAGAACCCAAGAGAAAAGGAGGGUGCUUUGCGCAUGAUUGGAACACUGUCUGGUGUUAUUCUCGGCAAGAAGAGCCCCAUCGCAGACCAGGUCGAGUUCUUCUUCGUUAGACACGUCUUCCCCGAGUUCCGCAGUCCUCACGGUUACUUGCGUGCUCGUGCAUGCGACACUCUCGAGAAGUUCGAGGCUCUCGACUUCAAGGACUCCAACAACCUCCUCAUCAUCUACCGUAACAUCCUCGAGUCCAUGGCCGAUCCCGAACUGCCCGUCCGUGUCGAGGCUUCCCUCGCUCUGCAGCCCCUUAUUCGUCACGACGUCAUCCGUAUCUCCAUGCAAGGCGAUAUUCCUCAGAUCAUGCAGCAGCUGCUCAAGUUGGCCAACGAAGUCGAUGUGGAUGCUCUUGCCAACGUCAUGGAGGACUUUGUCGAAGUUUUCGCCGCUGAGCUUACUCCUUUCGCUGUUGCCCUCAGCGAGCAGCUUCGCGAUACUUACCUCCGUAUUGUCCGUGAGCUGAUCGAGCGCAACUCGUCCAAGGAGGGCGAUGAUGAGUAUGGUGACUUCUUGGACGACAAGAGCAUUACUGCUUUGGGUGUUCUUCAGACCAUCGGUACUCUUAUUCUGACCCUUGAGAGCACUCCUGAUGUCCUUGCUCACCUCGAGACCAUUCUCAUGCCCGUCAUCACCAUCACUCUGGAGCACAAGCUGUACGAUCUCUACAACGAAGUCUUUGAGAUCAUCGACAGCUGCACUUUCGCCGCCAAGACCAUCUCUUCUACAAUGUGGAACGCUUUCGAGCUGAUUCACAGGACCUUUAAGUCUGGUGCUGAGCUCUACCUCGAAGAUAUGCUUCCUGCUCUUGAAAACUUUGUCAACUACGGAAGCGAGGCUCUCAUUCACCAUCCUCAAUACCUGGAAGCUAUUGUGGACAUGAUCCGUACCAUCUUCCAGAACGACACUGUUGGUGGUGUCGAGCGUAUUUGCGGUUGCAAGCUUGCUGAGAUGCUCAUGCUUACCCUGCGCGGACACAUUGACAACUACAUUCCUGAGUUUGUCAUGAUCGCCAUGACUGUGUUGAACAACGACGAUGUUAAGGUCAAGUCAUACCGCAUUCACCUGAUGGAGACCGUCAUCAACGCCCUCUACUACAACCCCAGCCUCGCAUUGCACAUCCUCGAGUCCAACGGCCAGACUAACAAGUUCUUCAGCUUGUGGUUCUCAAGUAUCGACAUCUUCACUCGUGUUCACGACAAGAAGUUGUCGAUUGCUGCCAUUACCUCGCUGAUUGUUUUGCCUGCAGACCAAGUGCCCGUCAGUGUGCAACCUGGCUGGCCUCGUCUGCUCCAAGGUAUUGUUCGUCUUUUCCAAACUCUUCCUGCAGCCAUCAAGAACCGCGAGGAGGCAACUCGGGAAGAUGACUUUGGCCUUGGCGGCGACUAUGACGACGAUGAGGAGGAUGACGAGUGGGAGGGUGAGGUUGAUUGGACAGCCGAGGAGAUUGAGGGCGAGGCCGACGACAUCAAGGACGAGAGCGCCGCGUACCUUGACUUCCUUUCGCAGCAGGCAUCCAAGUUCAGCUCCAUCGGUGAUGACGAUGAUGAUGACGAGUUGGAAGAGGAGUCAUUGCUUGAAACACCUUUGGAUAAGGUCGAGCCAUAUGGCAUGUUCAAGCACGCACUUUUCCAACUUCAGCAACAACAACCCCAGCUCUACCAAGAUCUGACUAAGACGCUGAGUCCCGAGGAGCAACAAAUCAUCCAAACGGCUGUGAAUCAGGCCGAUCAGAUUGCUGCUCAGCAAGCCGCUCUCGCACAGCAGGUCUCUGAAGGAGCAGCACCGCUCAAUGGUGGUAUCUAA